AUGGCAGCCUCAGCGCGUCUUCAAAAAGAACUCGAAAUUAAGUCAAAACAAGCAUUAGCAACAAGCAAAGAUCCAUUAGAACGUUUACGUGCAGCAUGUUUGGCUCGUGGAGCUCAAGGCAUUAAAGGAUUAUCUAUCUUAUUUCGUGUUAUGGAUGACGACAGAAGUAGAAAGUUGAACUUCGAAGAAUUCCAGAAAGGUGUUGAAGAAUAUGGUUUGAACCUUGGAAAAGAUGAAGUUCUUCAACUUUUUCGUUUGAUCGACUCUGAUAGCGAUGGUAGCAUUGAUUAUGAAGAAUUCUUGCGCAAAUUACGACCUCCAAUGAGUAAUUUUCGUAUUGACCUGAUUAAUAAGGCAUUUAAUAAACUUGACAAAAAUCAUGAUGGUACGAUAACAGUUGAAGAUUUGCGUGGCGUUUAUAUCGCAAAAAAGCAUCCAAAAUAUAUGAAUGGCGAAUGGAGUGAAGAUCAGGUAUUGAGACAUUUUCUUGAUUGUUUUGAUUAUGGUAAACAUAAAGAUGGUGUUGUAACACGUGCCGAAUUUAUUGAUUAUUAUUCAGGUGUUAGUGCAUCAAUUGAUAAUGAUAUGUAUUUCGAUUUGAUGAUGCAAGUCGGUUCAAAUUUAUCUGAAAAUGUUACACACAAUGAUUCUACAACAAUAGUAACACAUAGAACUCGUCAAGAUCAGUACGAUCGAUUACUAGAAUAUCGUUCUCACCUGGAAGAAUCUCAGCUCUAUUCCUUAACUAUUUCAUCAAAUGGUAUUGAAUGUUAUGAAUCAGAUUGUCAGCCAUCUGUAUUCACUGAAUCAUAUCAAUGUCGAAUGAUAUCACAUGAUCAAAAUAUGGAUAGUUUUAAUGAAUUACCUUUGAUGAAUGAUCAAGAUAUCAAACAAAAUAUUUCCUACAUAUCUCUCACUAGUUUAUCGCAAAUAAUUGAUCAUGAACCAAAUGUAUCUCGAAAGGAUUCAAUUUCACGACCAAAAAGCAAUAUUUUAUUACACAAACCAUCAUUAUUUCUAACUGAUAUUUUAAACAAAAUGACCAACGAACAACUUGCUAAAUCUAUCGCUCAAUUGACCAAGUUACAUGAAAGUCGUACCAAACUAAUUUCUCUUGAAAAACUACCGAGAACCAACUCGCUUCCAAAUUUGAAUAAAAAACCAAAAAAACUUUAUAGUGUGAAUUCAUUAUUAUCUGAACGAAGAAUACCACCAAACAAAAAUCAUGGAGAGAAUGAAAUUUCAUCAAUGACUCGAAAUGAACAAAAACAUACUGAUGACGAUACGAGUUUACUGCAUAUCGAUAUCGAGAUACCAAACGAUAAAUAUCGAACUGAUACAAAUGGAAAAACAAGAUCAAGUGUUAUUAAAGAGAGAAGUCAAACACCAGUACAUAUUUCAGAACCAUUAGAUCGACAUAUCAUUGCUUCAAAAUUAAAAUCACUUCCGAAACGUAAACUAUCUCAAGAAAAUCAUCAAGCAAUUUCCAUCAAUGAUUCAUUAGUGACUACUUCAGCAAUCUCAUCACCUAUUGUACAUUUGCCUAUAGUGAAGUCGUCUUCAAAAUGUGAUGAACAAGUAUCCAACUGGGACCCUUCUAGCACAUCAAAAAUAAAUCCAAUAGAUACAAACAAUACUCUUUUAUCAUCCAAACCAAUCAUAAAUUUAACAUCUAUCAACGAUGAACAAGUAGAAUUGGCGAAAAUAUCAAAAGAAACUAAUAAUCAACUUAGACAAACGACAAACUUCGAAAAAAGUAAACAAUCUUUGUCGAAAUGUGAAAUAAAACAAAGUCGAAAUGAUGUAUCUGAAAAAAACAAUAUAAACCAAUCAUUGAAAGAUUUUUCAUUAUGCAACAAAAUAACAGACCAUCCUUCUCAAACCAACGUAUUAUUAUGA